AUGGCUCCUGUCCUCCGCAGUUCCCAAAACAUCGAAACGGCAUUCUUCCAAACUAGGCCAAUGACCGAGGCUGAAAAAGCUGAUGCAGCUCGCAAGAGAGAAGUAAGAUGCCGAGAUAUUCUCUUAAAGGGUCCAAUCGAAGAACUCUCGCAACGAACACAAAAUAGAUAUAAGAGGUACUGGAAGGCUGUAGAUAUCUUAGCGGAAGGUAACGGAAUAGUUGCGCUUUGGACAUAUACCGGCAGUGAUUAUUACCGCAUAAGCUUGCCGCGUCAGGUGGUUGUCAAACAGAUGGUAGACUACCGGAAACAUCAACCCCACAUCGAAGAAUUGGAUGUUGGAGCUAGAAUACAUGCGCAUCUCAAUGCUCAGAGUUCAUCCCAUAUAGUUCAACUGCCAUCAAAAGGGAACCAGCUUACGGAUAAGACGCUCAGGGAAAUGGGAGUAAGAAACGAUUCGUACUGGCUACGUCACAUCCAUAGAAUCAUCACCGAAUACUGCGAACUGGGAGAUCUGAGCGAUCUCAUUUUGAGGCGCCUAGAAAUAGAGAAUGAGGCCGAUCAGAAGUUUCAAGAACGAACACUGUGGCAUUUUUUCGAUUGUAUGGUUGAUGCCAUAUCGGUCCUAAAUGAAGUCUUCGAGUAUGCAUAUGAUCGAGCAACCCAAAAAGCUGUGCGGCCUGCAGUUGCUUAUUCUGUGUGGUAUCCAUAUGUGCACUUGGACGCAAAGCUUCGCAACUGGUUCGUAAAAAUUGAUCCGACUACACUUUCGAAUCCUGCUAUGCCUGUCCUCAAACUUGGCGACUUCGGCUUUACUGGAGAGCUAGUUCCAGAUCUACAGCAGAAUUUGAAUAGCGAUUACGUUCUGUCUUGGAGAAAUAAUUUCAGCAGGCGUGGGACACCGGGAUUUUUUACGCCACACGCCAAUUCUGGGGAUGACGGUAUUGUUGGAAAAUUUGGACCGGCAACCAACGUAUGGGCGCUCGGCUUGAACAUGGUCCUCCUCGCAGAACUCAAAGAAGCACAUGAAGAUGGGGCGCAUAAUAGCCAGGGUAUCCGGACCACUGGUCUGGAAAAGGCAAAUCCUGAACCUAUAUUGCCCAACUUCCAGAUAGAUGGUAGACAAGCUGAUGGUAGGACUUAUUGCUUGUCUCUGCGGGACGAGGCAUAUAGUGAUGAACUGAAGGACUUGAUCUUCCAAUGUUUGUACGAGAAACCAGCUCUUCGACCAACUUGCCAAGAGACCAAACAAAGAAUCGGCCUGGCCUUGGAUCGAAUCUACCCCAAAGAAGGACCCAAACAGUUACCUGAGCAUUUAGACAGCAUCGGAGGCUGA